AGCUUUCUGCCCCUGCCUGUCUGCUCUCCUGCUCCUAAGAGCCCAGCCACAGCUGCCUCAGCCAUCGCCCUGCCCAUUAGUGCUUUAAAAGCCUGACCACUGAGUUGAGGUGUGGUCUUCUCAGGAGGCAGGAAGGCUCCGUGCUGGCUCAGAGGAGUGGACCCACCGAUUCAGCCGAGGUGGAGCCUUUCUGGAAGAGCGUGAGUCAGCGAGUCCGUGACAGUUUGGACAGAUACUUCACCAGAGCCUUCAGAGGACGGCAGGUCCCUCGGUGGAGAGAAUGAACUGAGAGGGCAGGAGGAAAGAGGAUCUCCAGCACAAAGUUUCUGCAGGGAAGUGAAAAGCCUAUGUUCACUGGGAGCUUCUCUGUGUUUCUACGAGAACGCAAAAGCAGAAGAUCCACGUGCUGUUUCUUCAUGGCAAACGAACAGAGAAACAUGUCUGAGCUGGAGAACUCCAUGGUCUCCAUCAUCAAGGUCUUCCACAAGUACUCGGGGCACAAGCGCAAGCUGAAGAAGGCGGAGCUAAAGGAGCUGAUUAACAAUGAGAUGUCUCACUUCAUUCUGCCCCCCCUCUUUCCCCAGCACUCUCCGAACCCCCGCUCUCUUCCUCUGCCUCGUCAGAAAAUCCAGGAGCCGGACACGCUGGACCAGCUGUUCACAGAUCUGGAUCAGAAUGGAGACCUGGAGAUCGACUUCCAGGAGUUCAUCGCUCUGGUGGCCAUGGUGACAUCCGCGUGUCACGAGCUCUUUAUCCCGGAUCACCGUGGUUGAGGGGGCUAAGAGGCAGGGGGUGGGGACCUAUUACUAGGGGGGGGCUGAGUUCUAUUGGUACAUUAUUAUUUAUUAUCAGUCAGAGGUGUGUGUGCAUCCUGUUUUUACCUCCCAGUAUAUAAAGUCUGUGUGUAAUAGCUGUUCCAUUUGUUGCCAUUUAGCAAUCAGCUUUUAGCAAUCAGAAAGACAGAUAUAAGAAAGAAGACUUUGUGUGAAUCCAUGUGGUUCUAAAUCCUGUAUAUGCUGGGGUCCAAUCUGCCUAAAGCAAAUGACACAAUUAAUAAAGGACACAUUAAUAAGCUCAUGAUUUGACUGUGAAUCACACUGCUCUUACUUUUAACAACAACAACAUGGAACAAUCUGACAAACUCUUUGGCAGAGUGUAGCUGUGCCGGACGCGCAAGCAAACAGCAAACAACAUUAAAAGGCAAGAGAGGAACUGUCUUAACGUAAGAGGAAACAUGAGGAAGUCAUUGACAUGAAAAACCUCAGCCGACACGCCAAACAUAAACUUAGUAACUACUGGCUGAGGGCAGGUGUGGCCCAGGAGGCGCCAGUCAAACCAGUCAAGGAAGUGGGCUGCCCAUGUGCAGCUGAAGGAUAGGAGCACAUUCCCAUAUAAUCUGAAAGUUCCAACGUUCAGAGGUCAAAGGGAUCAGAGCUCCCAGCUCUGUCUCCCUCUGUUCCUGGACUCAUGUUAUCGGACCCCCGGAACCAGGGAGGAGAACCCCUGCUACAGGAAUUCCUAUCUCUCCACGCAGAGAUUGCCAUUCCUUCCAAAAGUUCCCAGAUCUCUUUUAUUUCUUCCUGUGUUGGCCUCUGUGUGCCCACAGAGCACAUGCGGUGAAUGUGUAUCAGUAUAUUCCGCUGGUCAUUUUUCAUUCCAGAAAUACCAGCUAUUAGUACAAUAAAAAACACAGCAUAACAAUUCCUGUAAUGGAACAAGUAAAGGUUUAUUCCCUGCUGAAAAGAGAAGAAAAGAAACACAACCUUUCGGCUGUGGAGCCUUCUUCGGGUGUGUUCACGCCUGCAACGGCUCCACAGCCGAUACGUUGUGUUUCCUUUUUCUCUUUUCAGUGUGGAAAAAAACCUUUACUUGUUCCUUUGCAGCCUGCGCAUGCUGACACAGCUCCCUAUACUUGAACAGUUUCUGUUAUUGUGUUAUUGUCAUAUGAAGUGACAAAAGUGAGAGCAUUAGGCUCCAAUUGUCCGCUGGUUAUGCACUGUCAUUGGUUACCAAGGCAGGAGAAUGUACUGAUAGAGGACAAUGGGAUGUCCUGUUUAUCAGAGUGAAGACACAGCGCUCUGAAAUCAUGUGAUUCUGCUUAAUAGCCUUUUAACCACAUCCUCAUUUACAAAUUAGUAGCAUUAUUACAUGUAUUAAUAAUGUAUUAAUGUAAUUCUCAGAUGGCAAAUAAAAACAUUUGGUUUGCUUCA